AUGGGCACAGAGGGAUGGUGCCUGCUGCUCUGCUUGGCUCUGUCCGGAGCUGCGGACCCUGUCCCUGCAGCAGAGAGGCAGUGGCGGGCAGUGGACGUGGUCUUGGACUGCUUCUUGGCGGAGGAAGGCAUGCACCGUGGAGGCUUUGCCAGCGAUAAGACCAUGGUGAAGGCCCUGCUGGUGCUGAAGCAGGUGCCAGUGCUGGAUGACGGCUCCCUGGAAGGCUUCAGCGACUUCCAAGUGAGCACACUGGUCAAAGACAACCCACCUGUCACCUUUGAAGCCUCAGUGAGUCCGGUGCAGAUGCCCCAUGUGGAGGCCUUGCUCCAUGCGGACUGCAGCGAGAAGGAGGUGACCUGUGAGAUCUCCCGCUACUUUCUCCAGGCCAGACAAGAGGUUGCUGUGGAGACGGCAGCUUGGUUCAUGGCCAACCUGCAGGUCUCUGGAGGGGGACCCAGUGUCUCCAUACUGAUGAAGACUCUGGCGGAUGCUGAGAACACGGCUCUCUUGUACCCGGUGAUGAACCUGCCCCUGGGCCCCCAGGGGACUGUGCUGACUACAGUGGAGUUCCAGGUGUCAACACAGACCCCGUCCUUGAGCCUCCAGCGGGGGUCCUCAGCCUCCCUGCACUGCGGCUUCUCCAUGGCUCCAGGCUGGGACCUCGCCAGAGUGGAGUGGCGGCUGCAGCACAAAGGCAGUGGCCAGCUGGUGUACAGCUGGACCGCAGGGCAGGGCCACGCCAGGCGAGAGGGCGCUACCCUGGAGCCCGAGCAGCUCCUCCUGGCCGGGGACGCCUCCCUCAAGCUACCCAGCCUCACUCUGAAGGACGAGGGGGCCUACAUUUGUCAGAUCACCACCUCUCUGUACCAAGCUCAACAAAUCAUCCAGCUCCACGUCCAAGCUUCUCCCAAAGUACGACUGGGCUUGGCAAGUGAAGCUCUGCCACCCACUCUCAUCUGCAACAUCGCUGGCUAUUAUCCUCCGGACGUGACUGUGACGUGGACCCGAGAGGAACUGGGUGGAGCCCCGGUCCCAGUCUCUGAUACCUCCUUCUCCAGCCUCCGGCAAAGCCCAGAGGGCACCUACAGCAUCUCCUCCUCCCUGACGGCAGAACCUGGCUCUGCUGGUGCCACUUACACCUGUCAGGUCGCCCACAUCUCCCUGGAUGAGCCCAUUGUGACUAGCGCCUGGGCUGCCCCACCAGAGCAGAGAACUGUGGCCUUUGGAGUCCUUUUUGGCAGCAGCCUCUUCCUCCUUGUACUGCUGUAUCUGGGACUGCAGAGAUGGCAAGGCGUGAAUGCUGAGAGCAGAGACCACUUCCUUUGCCAACACGGAGCUUUAAUCUCCGAAGACCAUCUGGCACCCAUUAGCCAGCCCUUCCGGCCUAGAGCAACAUCAGACUACAAGAACUAA